AUGGAACAGUGGGCAUUCGAGCAGGACCUUGAAGUGGGUUUUAGCACUGAGAGAUCUGGGACUGGACCUCCCAUGAGUAAUGACCGGCCCGGCCUCCGCUGUGGUGGCGAGCGCGGCCACGCCGUCCCGAGAACGCCCCCGACCCAGGGCCGGAGCGUGGGAACCGCCGUGCCCUCUGCCCCGGGCGGCGGCGGCAGCCGCCGCCCCGCGCCCAUCAACUCCGCAUCCCCAUACCUGGGUGGGGACAGCGGCGGGGCCCGCAGCCCCUACUGCCAGGAGCAGCGAGUGGCCAAGCGCGCGAGGAGGUUCCAACGCGCCCAGGGUGCAAAGGAGGGAGACUCCGGAGCCGCCGAGGUGUUGAUGCCUAAGAAGAACCGGAUUGCCAUUUAUGAACUCCUUUUCAAGGAGGGAGUCAUGGUGGCCAAGAAGGAUGUCCACAUGCCUAAGCACCCGGAGCUGGCAGAUAAGAAUGUGCCGAACCUUCAUGUCAUGAAGGCCAUGCAGUCUCUCAAGUCCGGAGGCUACGUGAAGGAACAGUUUGCCUGGAGACAUUUCUACUGGUACCUUACCAAUGAGGGUAUCCAGUAUAUCUGUGAUUACCUUCAUCUGCCCCCGGAGACUGUGCCUGCCACCCUACGCCAUGGCCGUCCAGAGACUGGCAGGCCUCAGCCUAAAGGUCUGGAGGGUGAGCGACCUGCGAGACUCACAAGAGGGGAAGCUGACAGAGAUACCUACAGAGGGAGUGCUGUGUCACCUGGUGCUGACAAGAAAGCCGAGUCUGGGGCUGGGUCAGCAACCGAAUUCCAGUUUAGAGGCGGAUUUGGUCGUGGACGUGGUCAGCCACCUCAGUAAAAUUGAAGAGGAUUCUUUUGCCUUGAAUAAACUUACAGCCAAAAAACCUUAAAAAA